GAUACUAGUGUAUGAUAGCACCUCCCUAAUAAUGCAUAGUAUCAUAAAGUAGUAUUUUAGAUGACCUUAUUUAUGGGUUGUUUGUAUCACUUUUUGUCUUAUUUUUCGUAAAUUAAAUGGGCAACUUUCUUCUUAAUUAAUUAAUGAGGCAAAUCUUUUGUCUCCGUCUCAGAAAAAAACGUUGAAGGGAUUAACCGAAUGGUUUAUAGCUGGCAGGCAUUAAACCCACCGGGGUCAACUCAAUCCCUGUAGGGUCUAAUCCUGUGCAAGCGAACAGGGCCUAACAUGUUGCCAGUAGUAUUUCCGUUUGAUUUGCCUAGAGAAGAUCGAUCAAACUUUUUUCUUUUUUUGCGAUUCUGUAUAGACGCACAGAAAAUCCUGAUCGUUCGGAUCGAGGAACGGGGCCGGUGACUCCAAUGUGAAAUUUGUUCUUUUGCAAAACGUUGGAACUAAUUGUUUUUUUUUCAUUCAACAGGACUAUUAAUUGCUAUACACGCUGCACUACAAACUUAAAACCAGGCCACGGCAGCUGCGGCACCUCAAAGGCAUCGACCUGCCGCCAUCCCUCCAUUACCUAAGCCGCAUGUCGUGAGGUAUUCACAGCCGCCGUUCUCUUCCUGUUCUUCCUAGUUCCAGCACUCGACGGCAACUCGCUGACGCGCUUCCCAUUCCCGUCCAGCUCGACUCCAACUCGGUCCCGACCCUACCUAGCUCACCACCACAAUGGCGGAGCUGUGCGAUCUUCCUGCUGCCGUUGUAGCGUCAUCUGAGGAAAGUUCAUAUGUGAUCAAGAUAGACGGAUACUCAAGAAUCAAGGGCCAAAUUCAGCAUGGCAACUACGUGAAAUCUACCCCUUUCACUGUUGGAGGUCAUGAUUGGGUCGUGGAGUAUUACCCAAACGGUUCCGACACCGAAAAGUAUGAAGCCGGCUUCAUAUCUGUUUUUCUAGCUCUUGCCCCCGCUGGUGCCAAGGAUGUGAAGGCAAAAUUUAGAUUUAGUUUGCUUGACAGGGAAGGGGAACCAAUUGCAUCAAAAAGCAAGAACACCUCCGAACACAUCUUCAAUAGCAAACGUUCAAGUAGGGGUUUUAGUAGUUUUAUCAAGAAGGCUGAUCUUGAGGGAGCGGCUUAUCUAAGGCACGACAGUUUCAGCAUCAGGUGUGAUGUUACCGUUGUGAAGUAUAUCCACAGAGGUAAUCGGAUUAUUGCGAUUCCUCCAAGCAACUUGCACCAGCAUCUCGGUGACCUCCUCCUAGAGAGCAAAGAUGGAGCGGACGUGACCUUUCAUGUCGGCGAGGUGAGUUUCUUGGCUCAUAGGUCCAUACUCGCCGCUCGGUCAUCCGUCUUUAGAGCUGAGCUCUUUGGCGCCAUGAAGGAGAAAGGCGGUAGUCCAAUUGAAAUCAGUGAUAUGGAAAGUGAUGUAUUCAAAGCAUUGCUCCACUUCAUAUACACUGACUCACUGCCCGCUCCUGAGACGAGUAGUGGGGAUGAAACACGGAGAGACGCGGUGAUGGCUAGCCAUCUACUUGUUGCAGCUGAUAGGUACAACAUUGAGAGGUUGAAGCUCAUUUGUGAAGAGAAGUUGUGCAACCUCAUUGACUCCAACAUCGUGGCGACCACUUUGGCUCUAGCUGAGCAGCACGGCUCUUAUAGAGUCAAAGAUGCUUGCUUUGAGUUCCUUGUUUCUCCUUCCAAUUUGGAAGCGAUGAUGGCAAGUGAUGGUUACAAGCAUCUGAAGAAUAGCUGCCCGUCUGUUCUCAGAGAGCUGGCUGCUAGCUUCCUGCCGGCCGAGCUGAAAGCGGUCAAAGAUAUUAUCAUGACAAUUUAG